AUGCGGUCACUUCUGGAAUAUUAUUUUUCAAAUAGCUCUCCAGUGCCCCGUAAGUUUGCCAAGCGCUGGGAUCUCGUUGCUGCCGUACGUGAUCCGGAAGUGUUUCGAAUUACAACGAAAAUAGAAGAAACAAGUGUAAGUUUGAAAGAAAGCCGUCAGAAUUCUUCGGUAACAUUGCAAAGCCAGAAUGAGGACGAGAAACGGGAGCUCACUGAUCAGGGUAAUGUGUUGGAGGAGAAGACGAUACUGGAAAUAGCUGCUAAAUUUGAAGCGGAAGAGGAACUUCAGCCGGAGCACCCGGACAAAAACAAUAUAUUAUCUACAUUUGGUGAAAAACUGGAUCAGUCGAAUGAAGAAGCUGCUUCUCCAAAUCCAGUGACAAAAGUUACAGCAUCCGUGGCUCCUUUGAAACAGGCUUCUGAAUCGCCUGUUUCAUUUGAAUCCGAAAAGUUUGGAAAAGACGACCGAAUGAAUAAACAAGGUGUGUGCCGUAUUUCAAACUGCAUGUUUCAUAGAACAAUUAAUUUUCUUCAAAAUUCAAUCCCUUCCCCCUUAUUCGCUCUCUGUGAGUAG